UGUCUCGCGUGUAACUCCAAAACACCACCAUCCGGAAGACCGCCUGUGGUUGUGACGAGUUCUGAAGCAACAUAUCGCGCGGAGCUUCCAGCUUCUUGGUCGACUACAUCUUCGGACGACCCCUCAAACGUCAGCUCAGACACUCAGCUCAGGAACCGUCUGCCGACCGAUACCAACAAUGGGCGGACUGAUACCCUUGGUGCUCGCCUCGAGCAACCGGACGAGUGUCAUAGCGAAUCCGCAAUCAUCUCUCCGACGCCAGUCUGCUGCCGGCUCGACAAGCCCGACCAGCCCGGCGAGCCCGACCUUCGCUGCGCGGGCAGGAUUUCCCAAGCGCUUGCCGGUUUCGACGACGGUAUCUGAACCGGCACCGCCGUGCACUCCAGCAGAGUGGAGGAAAAUCAUCGCCGAAGUCAAGAGAAAAUACUUCAGCAAGGGGUACCGGGCGUGCUCGGCAAGAUGUCUCGAGGUUCUCGACGGCAUCAAGGAUGCAUCCCAGGUUGAGCCGGUGUAUCUGAUUUACCUUCACUUCUACGCGGCCACCUCGAUGGAGAUUUGCGCGCGUCCGCUUCCUCCCACCUCGGCCCUGCGCGCCAAUCUCCUGCAACAAGCUCGCACCCACUUCAAUCAGGCCGCCUCGCUCAUCAAUUCCGCCGAGGAGUCGGUGCUCCGAAAGUUCCGUCCGGGCUCCGUUAGCUCGUCACGGGGCUCUAGCUGCCACUCGCCUUCCGGAUCCAUCAGCUCCCGGGCAUGGACGCCCGACACACGGCUCUCCUCGCCGACCAACUCGGUCUGCUCGUUCGACGAUCUCACCGCCAAGCGACCCCUAUCGCCUUCGAGGCGCGUCAAGAAGGUGUCCUUCUCCCUUCCCAAGGAGCAGUCAUUGCAACCGGUCGCCGCUGAGCCAGUCAUCCGCCCGGACUCGCCCACCCUCGGCUUCGACGACGCCUUCUUCCCCGCCGCCGCACCGGCCACGCAACAAGCGCUCCCAGACAAGCCAGCUCCCUCGCCCAAGUUUCAAGAGAUCGAGCUUCCCCUGCAGCCCAUACCCGAGCACGAGGACGAAUCUGAGUCCGGCCCCCGUGCGGCCGUGAACGGCCCAGAAGAACAAGACGACCAGAACGCAUACCUCGCCGCCCGCGCCGUCCACCGCUACUGCGAGCACCUCUCGAGCCUGCGCGCCCAGCUCGCCCGCCACUCCACCAGCCUCGACCAGCUGCUUUCCUCCUCCGCCUCCGCUUCCUCAGGACCCAAUGGCCCUUCACCGUCCGAACCGGCAUCCAUGUCUCCGUCUCUGAUGACGACGACUAUCACCGCCAACGAAAAUGCCAAGCCUAGCAGUAGCAACCACGGCGCCGGGCGCGCCUCCGCGCCAGACCUCCGCGCUCGCAUCGAGCGGCUACGAAGCAUCGGCUGGCAAAGGAAGCGCUUCGAUCCGGCGAGGUACGAGGCGCUGUGCGAUGCUGUCAUGGCGGAGCUGGCGUAGAGCGCGGCCAGCUCUGUCUUUUGUUUCUCUGUGUGUCUGCUUGAAGGGGGUCGAGGUUGAUACCUUGGAGAAAAGGGGGGAAUUGGCGUUUUUUUGUUAGGAGUUUUAUAAAUGCAUGGCGCGCUGGGUCGGGGUCGUGGGGGCGCAUGGGGAGUUAAAGUUCAUCCAUCUUUCUGGAGAUGGCGGUUGUGCUUCAUUGCU